AUGCCACCACGAAGGUUCAAGAGGGAUUACAGCCGUGGCGGAUGUCGAGAGUGCAAACGCCGAAAAAUCAAAUGCAAUGAAGCUAAACCGCACUGUUCUGAAUGCACGCGAUUGGGAAAAGAUUGUUCAUACCCGGCCAUUGGUGAAAGAGUGAUACGAGGUUCGAAAAAGGAUAUUGACGAAAAGAAGGAGCCAUCUCCUAUAGAGGAGUCGCGAGAGAAAAGAAUGUGGACAGUUCAAAUGUAUAUGGGACCAGAUCAACCAAAAAAGAAGUUGAAGUGGGACAAGGUAUCGUCCGUGACAAGCCCAGAAGAGGCCCAACUCAAUGAAGAAAAUUUGAAUAGGGAGCACGGCAACAUCGUACAAAGUGUUCUGGAUGAAGCUCACGAGGGCACCAACGUGUUACAGAACUAUCAGUAUGAAGAGCCAAUGAACUCUGGAAAUGAGUCAAAGGAGAUUUCAAACUUGCAAGAUUUCGUUCCGCCACCUUCUUUGCUUCUGGGUGAUGUUUACAGUAACGAUGAUUUGAAUUUGUUGGCUGCGGAUUUAAACAAUAUUGUCAACGAUAUCAUGUUUAGCUCAAACAUGGCUCAGCCAGGUGACUACCAGUUUGACUUUUUCAAUCCCGAAUUGGAGACAUCUCCUUAUUUGGAUGAUAUACCCAAAAACAUUCCCUAUGACUAUAUCAAAUUGAAAACAGAAGACGAACGGCGAUAUAUGACCCAAUUUUACGAAGACUUUGCUCUGCAAAUCUUGCCAUUUGGUGCCGAUUAUAAAGACGGUGGGUCGUUGUACAGCAAUCCCUUUCGUGAUGUGAUAAUGAAAUACGCGGCAAGGGAAACCUAUCUUCUUGCAGCUGUGUUAUCACAAGGUGCGCGAUUAGCGUCAGAGUUACAACAUGAUGAUAAAAGCCGUCAACGUGAUAUGGAUAACUGCGGGAACUAUUUAUCAACAUGUUUGAAAUUGCUUGGCCCAGCAUUGAGUAGAAACCAAGAAAAGCAAGUGAAGGGUGAUUUGACAUCAAACAUUGAAAGUAUAUUAGUCACGGUUUUGUUGUUGGCGUCGUCUAGUGCCAGUAAUGAAAGACAGAGUUGGCGCCCGCAUUUGAAGGGAGCUAAAGACAUCAUCAUCAAAGCCACAAGCAGCAAAAUACGACUGUCCCCCACCUUGAUUGUAUGUAAAUUGUGGUUUGCGGAUUUUGAGAUCUUAGCAGGAUUGAGCUCCGAAUUGGGUGGCACUCUUCGAACAAGGGAGGAGAUGGAUGUUGUGCUAAACUUUGACGACCCCUACGAGCAAUCUGUAUUGAGAGAAUUUGGCCUUAUUCAGGACGAUGGAUUUUGUAUAGUAAUGGGGUAUCACAUCGAUUGUCUUGAGUAUUUCAAAGAGAUUUCCGAUUUCUUGAGGCGUAAAAGAAACAAUCCGGAGGAAGUGCCCGAUCCACUCCAAUGUGCAAAAUUGAUUGGUGGAUUUCACAGCCAAUAUAACAAAACGUUUGCGACGAUAGAGACAAGGCCCGAUGGACAAACUGCUCAUGGCUUAUUGUGCGACAUGGUACACAAAUCGAACGGAAAGCUAGAGAUGAUUUCGUGGUUGGAUAUAUCACAACAAGCAUAUUCUCUUGCUGGUUUGGUUACCGUAUUUACAAGGAUGUUGGAAAUUCCGGUCAAUUCUCCCCAAGUAAAAGGUUUAGUUGCCAGGUUAGUUUUCUUGGUCAAAGUGUUUGAAAAUUCUAUAUCCCAAGGGAACAUGCGGUUUCCAUUCGCUUUUCUGAUGAUACAGUGGCCGAUGUCUAUUGCUGGGUUUGCGUGCACUGAAACAUCAGAGCAUUCAGUGACUGAAAACUUUUUCAGGUUAUGUUACAGGACAGGUUCUUAUAGUGCAAACUUGACAUUGGAAAGGAUCAAAAAAGUGUGGGAGCUACGAGUUGCCGGAAAGUCAGUGGACAACGUUGAUGAUGGGGUCAAUGUAGAUAGAAUAACGUACUAA